AUGCCAAGGAGGAGCCAAAGCAGGAGGAUCCUUAUGCUUACGGAGGCGCGGGCGAUGGAGCGUAUGGAGCAGGGGGAGGUGGUGCAGGAAGAGGAUCAGUUGAAGCAGGAGGAUUACUGGACGAUCAUCACUACCUUCUUUGAAGAGAAGGGGUUGGUCCGGCAGCAGCUGGAGAGCUUCAAUGAGUUUGUCGAGAAUACGAUGCAGGAGAUCGUGGAUGAGAAUUCGAGGUUGAUGCUGGAUCAACACGCGCAGUAUACGGGGGAUGUGGAUGCAGACAAGGAGUCGAAACGCUACGAAAUCACCUUUGGCCAAAUCUACCUUUCCAAAGCCGCCAUGACCGAGCAAGACGGGACGACCAACAUGCUCUUCCCGCAAGAAGCUCGGCUCCGGAAUCUUACCUACUCGGCGCCGCUCUACGUCGAGGUCAAGAGCAGACUACUCGUAGCGGACAAUGUGGAUGAUCCGGUCGAGGCGGACUGGAAGCCCAAAAUUGGGAUUGACGGCGAUGAGUUGAUUGAGGCAGACAGGGCUUUUAUCGGAAAGAUUCCUCUCAUGAUCCGGUCCAACUUCUGUUUGCUUCAUGAGCUCCCUCAGGACAUCUUCUACGGUAUCGGCGAGUGCCCAUACGAUUCCGGAGGAUAUUUCGUCGUCAAGGGCUCGGAGAAGGUGUUGAUUGCGCAAGAGAGGAUGGCGUUCAACCAGGUCUACGUCUUCAAGAAGCAGUCGCCGUUCACCUUCUACUCGACGGUGACGAGUCAUCUGGAGAAGUCGGGGAGGAUCAGCGAGAUGGAGGUCAGGAUGUACCCCCGAGCUUCGGGCGGUGGGACUUCGGGCUCGGUCAUCCACGUCAAACUCCCCUACGUCAAAGUCGAUAUCCCCGUCGUCAUUGUCUUCCGUGCGCUCGGUAUCGUCCCCGACAAAGACGUCCUCAACCACAUCUGUUUCGACCCGGAAGACUCGGCGAUGCUCGAGAUGCUCCGACCAUGUAUCGAAGAGGCGUUCGCAGUGCAGGACCGAGAUGCCGCUCUGGACUUUAUCGGUCGUCGUGGCCAAGCCGAGGGCGGGACGCGACAACAGCGUCAGCGGGCGGCAUUCGACGUCCUGCAGAUGAGCUUCCUGCCCCACGUCUCGAUCGGAGAGGGCUUCGAGUCCAAGAAGGCGUAUUACCUGGGGUACAUGGUGCAUCGAUUAUGCUCGGCGGUGUUGGGGCGGAGGGAGCUGGAUGAUCGUGAUCAUUUUGGGAAUAAGCGGUUGGACCUGGCGGGUCCAUUAUUGGCGGGCUUGUUUAGGAAGCUGUUCCAGGGGUUGACGAAGGGUGUUCGGGAUCAUCUCAAAGCUUGUGUCCAAAACAACAAAGAAUUCCACCUCGGCCCAGCUAUCAAACCCCGCAUCAUCACUGAAGGUCUACGGUAUGCCAUCUCGACCGGAAACUGGGGUACCGGCGCCAACCGUAAAGUCGGUGUCUCGCAAGUACUUAAUCGCUACACUUUCGCCUCCACCCUCUCCCAUCUCCGCCGUACCAACACCCCUAUCGACCGAGGCUCCAAAGCCACCAAACCCCGUCAACUCCACAAUACCCACUGGGGCAUGGUCUGCCCCGCCGAAACGCCUGAAGGAGCGGCGUGUGGUCUCGUCAAGAACCUUGCGCUGCUCUCGUACAUCUCGGUCGGAUCCUACUCGGCGCCGGUCAUGGAGUUCCUGGAGGAAUGGGGAUUGGAGGACCAGGGCGAGUUUAUGAAUGCACCCGAAGCGACCAAGGUGUUUGUCAAUGGGGUGUGGAUGGGGAUUCACAGGGAAGCGCCCACAUUAUGGGCGAACCUGCUGAGUAUGCGGAGAGGGGGACAGAUCAAGCACGAGAUCAGUAUUGUGCGAGAUAUCCGGGAGAAGGAGUUGCGGCUCCAAACGGACGCGGGGCGGGUGUGUCGGCCGGUCUUUAUCGUCGGUGGGGACCAGCGGCUCAAGCUCAAGCGGCAUCAUAUCGAGCGGAUCGAGGAGCGGAACGAGAAUGGGACGGGGGCGAUGGGGCAGUCGUGGGCGGAGAUGCUGGACGAAGGGAUCAUCGAGUAUGUCGAUGCGGCAGAAGAGGAGACUAUCCUCAUUGCCAUGUCGUCGGACGAUCUCGAGAAUGCCCGGACGGCCGGCGGGAAGGAGGAGCUCGUCGCUCGUCGUGCGGCUCACAAUCUCGCCGGAUUCGACCCCACCGCCCGUAUAAAAUCAACCAACUGGUCUCGCCAAUACACACACAUGGAGAUUCAUCCCGCCAUGAUCCUCGGUGUUUGCGCCAGUAUCGUCCCCUUCCCUGACCACAAUCAAUCCCCUCGUAAUACCUACCAAUCGGCCAUGGGCAAGCAGGCUAUGGGUAUCCACCUCACCAACUACCAACUCCGGAUGGACACGAUGGCCAACGUCCUGUACUAUCCCCAAAAACCACUCGCGACUACCCGGUCGAUGGAGUACCUCAAAUUCUCGGAAUUGCCAGCGGGCCAAAACGCCAUCGUCGCCAUCAUGUGCUACUCGGGGUACAAUCAGGAAGAUUCGGUGAUUAUGAACCAGACCUCUAUCGACCGGGGUCUGUUCAGAUCGCUGUACUACCGGUCGUACACGGAUACAGAGAAGGUGUCGGGGUUGGAAAAGGCGGAAACGAUCGAAAAGCCCGAUCGGAGCGAUACGCUCCGUAUGAAGAUUGGGACCGCGGAUCGAUAUGCCAAGCUCGAUUCGGACGGGCUGAUCGCCCCGGCUACCAACGUCAACGGGGACGAUAUCAUCAUUGGCAAGACGGCGCCUAUUCCUGCGGAAUCGGAAGAGUUGGGUCAGCGGACCCAGCUACACCAAAAGCGGGAUGUCUCGACCCCGCUCAAAUCCACAGAGCAGGGGGUGGUGGAUCAGGUCAUGAUAACCACGAACGGCGAGGGUCAUAAAUUCGUCAAGGUCCGUAUCAGGUCCACUCGGGUCCCGCAAAUCGGGGACAAGUUUGCGUCGCGACACGGUCAGAAGGGGACGAUCGGAAUCACGUACCGUCAGGAAGACAUGCCAUUCUCGGCGGACGGGAUCGUCCCCGAUAUCAUCAUCAACCCGCACGCUAUCCCCUCCCGAAUGACUAUCGGCCAUUUGGUCGAGUGUCUCUUGUCCAAACUCUCUACCCUCAACGGCGCGGAAGGCGACGCGACCCCGUUCACCGACCUGACGGUCGAGGGCGUCUCGAACCUCCUGCGCGAGAAGGGAUUCCAGUCGCGCGGGUACGAAGUCAUGUACCAUGGACAUACGGGCCGGAAGGUGCAGGCCCAGGUCUUCUUUGGGCCGACGUACUAUCAGCGCCUGAAGCAUAUGGUGGAUGAUAAGAUCCAUGCGAGGGCGAGGGGGCCGCUCCAGAUCUUGACGCGUCAGCCGGUGGAAGGAAGAAGUAGGGACGGAGGGCUGCGGUUUGGAGAGAUGGAGAGAGAUUGUAUGAUCUCGCAUGGGAUUGCAGGGUUCCUCAAGGAGAGGAUGUACGAUUCGUCCGAUGCGUUCAGAAUACAUGUUUGUGACCAGUGUGGUCUCAUGGCUGUCGCCAACCUCAAAAAGCAAGAGUUCCACUGCUCUGUCUGCCGGAACAGUACCCAGAUAUCGCAGGUGUAUUUGCCGUACGCCGCGAAAUUGCUGUUCCAGGAAUUGCAGGCGAUGAAUAUUGCUGUGCGGAUGUACGGUGAUGCCGAUUGA